AUGGCAUCACCACUUCGUCGCGCCACGGGCAUAGGCGCUCGAGCAAGGGCAUCGGCGCACGCAACACCCGUCGGCUCGUUCAUUCUCCCACUUCGCAAAUUGGUGCUGGACUACUGUCCGCAUGGCAUAUCGUCAGAGCCGCUCAGACAAUGGAUGAGGGAUGGAAACGUGGAGAGAUGGGCAAGGGACAGACCUGCUGUCGAAGUUGUUGUCAGGGAGCGACCUGGAAGGCAUCCGGUUGGACGCGGCGAAUAUCCACAUAAUCGCGAAAAGGUUGUGCCACUGCAAAAACACCCGUACGAGGAGCUGGAGGGCAGAUUACAGAUGCUGGCAGAUGCAAGCGGAGCCAAGAGGGAUCUCAAGUGGAAGAGAAAUACGGUGGUCAGCGGAAGCGUGGGCAGCGAAGAGGGCAAUGCAGUCAGAGGCAUGUGGAGCCAGUUGCAUGCUGAUGGACGAGAGAUUUGA